AUGUUACGCACCAGAUCUUCAACCAACUAUUACCUAAGUCUGUGGGGGUUGCAUUCGUUCUUUUAUAACUCAUUUCCACUAACGCAGAAAUUGCCGUGGAGUCCUAAUGGGCCACGCAAUGGUGGUCUUCUGAACACGAAAGACCAGUGGGUCACAGAAGUCGAGAACAUUUUUCUGAAAGGAAUGUUGGAGACUAUCUUGCUACUUCGACAAGCAGCAAGAAGGGACAUCAUGCGGGACGUGGAGCCAUCGCAGUAUCAAGAACUCUAUGCGGAAACCCUUUCACAAUCCGGAGACAAGUACACGGCUUGCCCUCGAAUACUUUUGCGCGACUCGGAUCAUACUAAGAUUCAUUGGAUCAAAUUUUGGAUCACCAUCGUCUUACUUUGUCUCCUCUGUGUCUCAAGCUACCAGAUUAGUUUAUUGGAACAGUCAACAAGAAACGGCUUCAAACAAUUACUUCGAUAUUCUGGUCUUUUUACGAAGAAGGCCCAAAUAUUUCUCAUUGCCCUUGGUCGAUAUUUUGGUCAGAAAGUUUACAAUGCUCGGUUAUUUCCAGCUGUGGAUCGAGUACGUGAAAUACCCGAGCUUGAAAGCAUUCGCACCGCUCGUGUGGCCCUUCCAGACUGGGCCUAG